CCCACACCUAAGCCGCUGGCACGUUCCACCGAACAUCUUUUCCCUGCUUUUCCUGAAACGCGCAUCUUCGCAACAGGCAAGUCCGGCGCUGUUCCUGCAUACGAAGGGCAGCGAUCGCUGAUUGGCUGUGCAUCUUUGCCGUUUGCGGUCGUCAGGACAAAGGCGUCGAGCGAGCUCGCUCGGAAGUGACGUCGGGAGGUGGCAUGCGAUUAAAAACGUAGGAGGGUGAGAUGCGAGGUCGGAGGUCAGAUUUCUGUUCACCUUUACUCGAGCCUUGACCAGAGUGCAUUAAGUACACCACGUACGAAGCGAUCAACCACACACGCGCGAACCACUACUUCACUUUUCGCUAUCAUUACCAUGGACGACUUUCCACGCUCCACAGUCGCCGUCCGAGAACUCUCCCAUACCUCGCAGGGGUCAUCCAUCACAAACCCACACCACGCACCGCCCUCGCCCUCCCUCUCCAAAGCAUCAACAGAGUCCUCAAGGCAUUCCUGCGAGGCGCCACGCUCCCCUUCAGUCACACACAAACGGGAGACCGAGAAUCUCACAUCCUUCCCUUCGCCGAGCGACUUCAAGCCCACAACAGCAUUCGAUCCAGACGCGCCGCAGCCGUACCGCGAAGAGGAUUUCCAGGGGAAGAGCAAAGACGAGGUGCGUCGCAUGCGCAAGCGGGACUAUGCGGUCGAGAUCUCGAGAUUGAUGGGGAGGCAGCUAGUCAAGGGGAUGAGUGGAAAGGGCGAAGAUAAAUGAAGCGUCGGAGUAGAAGGCGUCAACUUCCUGGAACAGUUCGCUUCUCCAUUGUAUAAAUGUUGUUUCUUUUAAGCGAUGGCGUUAUCUUUUCCGCCUCGGGUUGGCGGGUGUAAAUUAGUCCUGGGUCAUGUUUGUAACAUCCAUAUUGAGCAGGUGAGCAGUAACCGUGA